AUGUUUCCAGUCCAAGACGCCUGUGAAUUUCCUCCCAAAGUUCUCGAGGUGAAGUUUCGUACGCUUGCAGCCGUCACUCGAUCCACCGAAGCUCCCAACCGCACACUGUUCACCCGCUACUCGUCACUAACGAGACUCACCCGCAUCGCUGCAUAUUGCUGCAGAUUUGUGCGGUACUGUCGGGCCAAGCUCGCUGGAUUCCACCUACAAGCCAUUCCGUACCUUACCUCAGCAGAACUACUUGAAGCACAAGAAGGCCUUGUGAAAGUUGUGCAAAAUGAGUGUUUCAGCCAAGAAAUCGCUAUGCUGCUGGCCAGAUGCGAAGCAGAUCUCAAGAAAUCCCCAUUACGUACCUUGAAUCCCUUCAUCCACGAUGAUGUACUUCUGGUCGGUGGCCGGCUGAACCACUCUUCAUACUCGUUCACGCGCAAGCAUCCAAUGCUUUUGCCUGCAGCGCAUCCAUUCACCUCUCUGCUCGUUGAUUCGGUGCACAAGCAGCUUCUCCACGCUGGUCCGUGUGCGAUGAUCGCACACAUCUGUGAACAAUAUUGGCCAUUAAACCUCCGUAACCUGGCACGGAGACACGUCAAAUCCUGCUUGCGUUGUUACAGCACACGACCACAAGCAGAACACCAGCUGAUGGGCCAACUUCCGAAAGCUCGCAUCAAUCCGACCCGUGCGUUCCUCAACACGGGCAUUGACUUCUGUGGUCCAGUUUGGCUGAAGGUACCAGUACGUCGAACGAAACCAGCUCCACCGAUCCGAGCAUACGUCGCUGUAUUCGUCUGUAUGGCUACGAAGGCCGUACACCUCGAAUUGGUUGGCGAUCUCAGCUCCGAAGCCUUCAUUGCAACGUUGAAACGGUUCGUUGCACGCCGAGGCAAGCCAAUCGCUCAAUUUCAAGGCUUUACACGCCGCACGUAUUUCGCUCUACACUCCACACAGUGGAAAUACAAACAGCGACAUCACGUAGGAAUAUCCUCCCGGCUCGAUCACUCUCGAUCGAGUCGGUAG